AUGCCAGGUGAGACCAUCACUAUACAAGCAGGCCAGUGUGGAAACCAAGUAGGAACCCAGUUCUGGUCGCAAUUGGCCUUGGAGCAUGGGCUUUUGCCUGACGGAACCUCAACGCCCUACCCACAAGAUCAAGAACAACCCGAAUUCGAUGGGCAAAGAGCCGGCACCACAAACCACCGAGAAGAUAGAGCCGAGUUGUUCUUUACAUUGUCGGACUCCGGAAAGUAUACGCCCCGGUCUGUUUUGAUUGACUUGGAACCAUCUGUUAUUCAGAGAGCCACCAAUGGAUUCCCCAUGUUCAAUCCCAGAAAUAUCCAUUUGAGUGAGACGGGAGAUGGAGCCGCCAAUAACUGGCUGAGGGGGUACGCCUACGGAACACAGCACGUGGAAGAACUCCUCGAAAUAAUAGAUCGAGAGUCUGAUAGGUGCGAGAACUUAUCUACAUUUCAAGUCAUUCACAGCGUGGCAGGAGGUACGGGAUCCGGGGUUGGGUCAUACUUGUUAGAAGAACUUAACGAUCGAUUUGGGGCCAAAAAGCUCAUUACCACAUCGCUGAUAUUUCCUUCGAGCGAAAAGACUUCCGAUGUGAUUGUCCAGCCAUAUAAUACGUUAUUGACGUUGGAUCGUUUGAUUGACUGCAGCGACUGGACCACCGUUUUCGAUAAUGAUUCGCUCAAUAAAAUCCAAAAUGACGUGUUUGGCUUGUCCCAGACGUCAGACCUUCAAUUUGAAAACAGCAAUAAUGCCUUCAACACCACCAACAAAUUGAUCUCCUAUGUGAUUGCCAGUAUAUCCAACCCCAUCCGGUUUCCCGGCUACAUGUACACGUCGUACGAAUCCAUCUUAUCGAGCUUGAUUCCGGUUCCCGAACUUAAGUUCCUAUCCGCAUCCAUCGCUCCAUUUGCAGACCUCUCUGCCUUCCAUCUGGGAUCUUCCAAACCGCAUUUAUCUAACAUGAACGAAUACGACUUAAUAUUAGAAUUACUCGAUGACAAGUACAAGAUGAAUAAGAUCGGUACCACCAAGCCGAAGUACAUAUCCAUGUUCACCUACUUAAUUGGGUCGGACUUGAACCAAGACGAAAUAAGGAAAGGGAAGCUCAAGGCCUUGAAAAGACUCGAGUUUGUGCCGUGGACGCCCUCGUCCAUCAGCGUUGUGAACGGGAAGAAAUCUCCCUUUAUGUACGGUACCCACACUUCCAAACAUAAGAACCUCAACGGGCUUCUGAUCUCAAACAACACGUCGAUGGUGCCGUUUCUCAUCAAGAUUCUUCAACAGUACGAUGCUCUCGCCAAGAGGGGAGCGUUUAUCAACUCGUACAUCGAUGCCGAUACGGUGGGUGAUAAGAACAGUGAGAGAGAACGGGUACUAGACAACUUCAACCAAUGUAAAGAACAUGUGUUGAGUGUAAUAGACGAGUAUAAGGCGUGUCAGGCGAUGGAGUUUCUCGAGGACGAUUUGCUUGAAGUGGAUGAAAUGAUGUGAAGGGUGCAGAUCAAUCGGGAAUAAUGUCACCGCGUAUAGUUACUUUUAAUGCAUAAUAGGAGAUUGACGGGAAUAAGUAGUGGACAACGAGUCAGGGACUGAAAUGGUCCCAGGUUGCGGGAGUGAGUAGCCGUAGAUGGGGCCGAUUCGUCGACACCCACAUCGCCUCACCGCCAUCUCCCCUCGCCCUAAGCCCCAGUUUAACAACCACAGUGUGGGAAAAGUGUUCGUCGUGCGCGGU